AUGUGGAAACCUCUAGUGAACUCUAACUUGAGAAGUAUUGUCAACGCAAUUGGUAACGACAAGCUUGAGAUCAGAGGAUCAGAGGUAAGAGCUAGACACGAUAAAAGUACACGUGACACCAACACCAAUACACAAAGACGCGGAGACCGAGACGAUACGAUAGUCAAUAAUGUGAGUGGUAAUCUUGGCUAUUACAGACGAAAUGAUCGUGGGCGUGGAAACACUAGAGGUGGAAAUAGCCAUAACACGGAUCAAAGGUCAACCUAUAGAAAUGGACAAUCUACCAAUGAUAACCAUAAUCAGUCAGAAAGGAAUUUCAACGAUCGGGGACGAGGACGAGGUCAGAACGGAGGUCAUAAUCAGAAUAGCCAUGGUGGGCAUAAAUAG